AUGGAAGUGGACAUGGGACAAAAUCACUUCCAUUUUAGUGCUGAGAAGUAUAGCCCUAGCCGGAUUUCUGUUACGAACGUACAACACGAUAACAUCCAUCUUGAGCCUAGUGUCCCAAACAAUAAUGCAGCCGAUACUCCAAUAUUUGAUGUUGGGGCUGCACCAUUAGAUGAGAUGUUGGAGGACCCGUUACAUGGUACAGAUGCUAAUAAUAUUGCAGACGUUGACAAGGGAACGUCAUCACAUUCUAGGAGUUCGGAUACAUACCAAUGGAUUACAAGUAUGAAUACAUCAAAUCUUGUUGAACGGCAAAUAUUCUUCAGCAAGAAAGAACUGUACUCGAAAAUUCGUGUACUUGCUUUGCAUGACAACUUCCAAUUUAAGGUCAGCAGGUCAAAUUUUCGUCGUAAUGCACAUCGGCAUGCCACUACUUCUGUAAUUGUCGAGCAUAUUUUGGAAAAAUUGGAUAAUCUGUAUCGAUCGUAUGAUCCUACCGCUAUUGCACGUCACAUGGAAUGCGAGUUUGGUGUAAAAAUAAGUUAUCAAAAAGCACAUAGGGGGAAGGUGGUUGCUUUACAUAUGUUAUAUUGUAUACCGGGGUACAAUUUUCAAAAACUAUUGUCAUAUUGUCACGUCCUAGGAGAGAGUAACCCGAGGACAGUAAAUUACAUCGAAGUUGAUGCCUGUAACAUGUUUUAUUACUUUUUCCGAACUUUCGGUGCAAGUAUUCGUGGUAACAUGCACUAUUUGAGGCCCGUUAUUUAUGUUGACAGUAGUCACUUGAAAGGUCCAUACAAAGGUACACUUCUACUGGCAACCGACCAAGAUGCCAACAAACAGAUUUAUCCCUUAGCAUGGGAGAUCGUCGAUGUCGAAACAAAUAGAUCGUGGACGUGGUUUCUGUCGAACUUGAAAGAGCUAAUGGAAGACUCAGAUGAAUUGGUUUUUGUUUUCGACCGGGAAAAAGUAUUUCUAAUGCCAUUGCUCACCUAUUUCCUCUGUCUCACCAUGGGUAUUGUAUCUGGCAUCUAG